AUGGAGAAAAUGGAGCAUCCAAGCAUUGGUGAGAGUGCAGUGCUUAUUCGUAGUCAAAUUGUACCAAGUGAUAGACAAGGAGAACACUCUCUACUUGGCUAUGGAGUACCUCUCCGGGGGUUGACUCUUCUUUUCAACUGCAGGCGAGAUAUUCGACUAUUUGGUGGCCCACGGACGCAUGAAGGAACGGGAUGCUCGAGCCAAAUUCCGCCAGAUUGUGUCCGCAGUCCAGUACUGCCACCAAAAGUUUAUCGUCCAUCGAGAUCUGAAGGAGAGAAGUACACUGGACCAGAAGUAGAUGUGUGGAGUCUGGGAGUGAUUCUUUACACUCUUAUAAGCGGGGCCCUCCCUUUCGACGGACAUAACCUCAAGGUACCUAAUUGUGCUCACAGUCAGGAAGUCCGGGAGAAGGUAUUGUCUGGACGAUUUCGUGUCCCGUUUUACAUGUCGUCGGAGUGUGAGCAUUUGAUUAAGAAAUUGAUGUCCCAGAGUUCUGCCAAGCGUCCAUCUCUGGAGGUUGUAUAGGAAGUUAAAUGGUAGACGGUCAUGAAGGACAAAUGGAUUAACUUGGGGUACGAGGACGACAAUCUCACACCUUUUAUCGAGCCGUCCGACCAGUCGUUGGACGAGGAGUGCAUUGGUUACACUAUUCUGACAUUUUCAGAUAAAAUUAUAAAAAUGGGCUAUAAGCGUGCGGAAGUAGUGGAAUCUAUCAAAAUGCGUGCAUUCGACGACAUUUCUGCGACUUAUGACAUAUUGCGGGCUACCAAGGUAAUCCUUGCUGAUGAUAGACAGGCAUCUGCUGUGUCCGUGAACGAGCGAGUGAAGAGUAUAUGAGUGAUGUAACUGGUAGGGUAUUCUACUAGUAACGCCAGUAUGAGGAUUGCUCGAUCCAACACGAGCGGGGCAUACAGAUCUGGGGAGUCUUCGAAGAUAUUCUCGGGUGUCAAGGAGAGGUGAGGGGAUUUGUUAGAUUGUAGUGCUAAACCCAAAGUGACUAACACAUUGUCCAAUAAUAUCUGUACUCAAGU